AUGGCAGGCCCUGUUAAAUACACCCCUCCUCCAUCUCCACCGUCGCCGACUGCCUCUUUCUAUGAUCUCAGUGACAAUGACGAAGACGAGUAUAACACCAUCGCCCAAGCCCAGUCUAGGCGUGGAGUGAAGCUGCUGUAUUCGAAAAGCAAAGUCUACGUACACCCUACACCGUCCGCGAAAGACAACAUCCCUGGAUUCAUCGCCCUGAUCCAGCAGAAACCCAAGCCAAGUUCCCACUCCUCAACGACCGCCUAUUCUCACAAGGAUGCCUCUUCAUUCCUCCUUGCUUGGGUCCCUGAAGCUUCACUGGGUGACUCUUACAGUACCUAUGUGAAAGUCGAUCUUGCCGACGACGAUUCCCCACCGCGUCAGCGAUACCUUGUUCCGCCGCUUCCGACCACCACCACCCAGAGAGACCCGACCGGACUCUACUCCUUCGCAGUUCCCGUGUCGGAAAUAUACUCUCUAUUGGUACGACCUCCGAGCCUAGGAUGGUGGUUUGGAAGUGUGGUGAUCAAUACGCGAUCGGGGAACAGCUUCCCUGCCCUGUUUUUCCACGACAGUGAAUGCGAGUCGACGAUACUGCAGAAGAAAAAGCGUGUCAGGGAGAAUUUCGAUCCCUUUGACAGCGAUGGCAGUCUGUUUUGGGGUGGUGAUGAGGUCGUUCGUUGGUUGAGGACAUACGUGGAGGUUCAACGUUCCUCCGUCGACCGAAAUGUGUAUCUGAUCAAUCCUUCCGCGGAAGAUCAGCUCUCAUUUGGACGAGGCUUCAACAGUGGGGACGGCACGGUGUCGAAGGCCCAGCCGGAAGCUACUGCUGCUGGACCCAACGCAACUGGGCAGCAGCGAGAUGCCAGCAUGGACCCAUUCAUAAAGACUCUCAAAGAGACGCGCUGGAAGGUGCUUGAGCAACUCAGCAAGAUUACUACUUUCACCAGGCGGACUGCCAACGAGAUUGCUGAUAAUCCUCGUAUUCCGCCCCAAGUCCGACGAUUGAUGAAGAAUCCUGAGGUUCAGACUCUCCAAGAUGAAUUCGAUAGCGCCCGAUUGUAUUUGGCGCGAUGGGCGAUGAGUAUCGCCGAACAGGGCGAAAAGGACCGAAACCAGCGGAUUUGGACUGCGCAGGAUGUUCUGGAGUCAGAGAACAGUUCUGUUGGUGAUUUUGAGAUUCUUGAGCUUGAGACCGGCAACUUGGCCAUUCAAGAGAGACGACGGGUUGUCACGCUUGCCGAAUGGGAAGGAUUCUUUGACCCGAUAUCGGGAAGGCUGCAUAUAACCGUCGAGGAAGUCAAGGAGCGCAUCUUCCAUGGCGGAUUGGAUCCAAAUGACGGUGCGCGCAAAGAGGCAUGGCUAUUCCUGCUCGGUUUCUAUCCAUGGGAGAGCAGUCAGGAGGAGAGACAAGCAAUCAUGAACUCGAAGCGCGAUGAGUAUAUCCGCUUAAAGGCGGGCUGGUGGGAGCGCAUGGUUGACGGUAACUCGACAUCCGAGGAGUAUGAGAAUUGGAAAGAACAACGCAACCGGAUAGGUCAGGCCAUCGGAUUCCCCAUUGGAAGUUUUCACCUACUAACCUCCACAUCAGAGAAGGAUGUUCAUCGCACUGAUCGAACUAUACCACUCUUCGCUGGGGAGGAUAUUCCUCAUCCUGACCCCGACUCUCCGUUCGCUGAUACAGGAACCAAUGUGCACCUUGAGCAGAUGAAGGAUAUGCUCUUGACGUAUAACGAAUACAACCCGGACCUGGGAUAUGUACAAGGCAUGAGCGAUCUCUUGGCUCCACUCUACGCAGUCAUGCAGGACGAUGCAGUUGCUUUCUGGGCCUUUGUUGGCUUCAUGGAUCGAAUGGAGCGAAAUUUCCUUCGGGAUCAGUCUGGCAUGCGGUCCCAGCUCCUUGCUCUGGAUCAUCUAGUCCAGCUCAUGGACCCCCAGCUCUACCUUCAUCUACAGUCCGCGGAUAGCACGAAUUUCUUUUUCUUUUUCCGCAUGUUGCUUGUCUGGUACAAGCGCGAAUUCGAAUGGGGGGAUGUCCUACGUCUCUGGGAGGCACUGUGGACCGAUUAUUUCUCCAGCGGCUUCCAUCUUUUCAUUGCAUUGGCGAUCUUAGAGAAGCAUCGCGACGUUAUCAUGGAUCACUUGAAGCAUUUUGAUGAAGUGCUGAAGUAUAUCAAUGAGCUUUCCAAUACGAUGGACCUUGUUCCAAUUCUCACUCGCGCUGAAUCUCUCUUCCACCGUUUCGAGCGGUCGGUCCAAGCGAUCGAUAAGAAGGACAACUUCCCCGCUCCUUCUGCUCACCAGCGCCGACCUGCGAGUAGCAGCCCAGACUCUGCUGGAAAAGGCAAAUCACCCCAGCGACCUACCGUUGGGUCGAGCAGCAGCGUUCGACCUCCUUCAGCGCUUCAACAGGAAAUCGACAAGGGUAAACCAAAGGUCAUUUCUCCUGAUUUACGGGAGCUCCUGAGGAAAGAUGUCCCUUGGAGACGCCAGCAGACAUCAUAG